CGUGACGUCAUCAGAGCGCCGCCGUGUUCACUGUAUUUUGCACCUCAGCUGCUGCCGUUUCAACAUUACACUCAGUUUUGAUCGCAUCAGAACAGAGAGAAGAUGAUGGAAGAGAGUGGUAUAGAGAGCACACCACCCGCUACCCCUCCACCUUCAUCUACGGUGGUUGCCAGUCCUCCACCACUCAGCAGCGGAGCCACUCGUCCUCAAACUGUCCCUAGUCCUUCUGGCAUCUCUGCUUUUGCCCCAGGAGAUUUUUCCAGCCCUGUUCCUUCAGUGGCUUUGACUUCCACGCUGCCACCCAUGCAGUCUUCUGUUCCUCCUCUCCCUCUCAGUUCAAUAUCAUCUCCGCUGGGACUGAGUGGUCCAUAUGGCAUCCCUAGUGCUUCAUUUGCCUCUCCAGCCACCGGUCCUCCACUCAGCACCGCUCCCCCUCUGGGCCCGGUUCUUUCUGCCCCUCCAAUGGGCCCUCCCACCACUGGCUUCUCUGUAAGUGGAGGAUAUGACAUCACCCGUGGCCAUGCAGGGCGCACACCUCAGACGCCAUUGAUGCCCAGUUUCUCCAGUGCCUCACCUAUGCCAGGGAUUGUUACUAAUCCCAUGAUGCAGCAGCCAGUGUCUGGAGGGUUAGAUGUCAGCUCACCCAUCACAUUUCCUGAGGAUGUUGAAGAUCCCAGAGUCAGUCCGGACAGCAACACACCUGGUGGAUUAUGGGGCUUUAUAAAGGGUGUAGCUGGAAACCCAAUGGUCAAGACCGUCUUGGAUAAAACCAAACACUCUGUGGAGUCUAUGAUAACCACGUUGGACCCUGGAAUGGCACCUUAUAUCAAAUCUGGAGGAGAUGUGGACAUCGUUGUGACGUCAGAUAAGGAAGUGAAGGUGGCAGCGGUACGGGAUGCAUUUCAGGAGGUGUUUGGUUUGGCCAUGGUGACAGGAGAAGCCGGUCAGUCCAACAUCGCCCCACAGCCAGUGGGAUACGCUGCAGGGGUCAAGGGAGCUCAGGAGCGCAUUGACGGUCUUCGCCGUGCUGCUGUCAUUCAUGAGAAGCAGCCUGUGGUCUCGGUGGAAAACUUCAUCGCUGAACUCUUUCCAGACAGGUGGUUUGAUAUAGGUUGCCUGAUCUUGGAUGAUCCUGGAUACGGGAUUCACAUUGAGACAUUCACCCAGGCUACACCUGUGGCCCUGGAGCAUGUACAGCAGGCGCAGUCACUGACUCCUCCAGAUUACAACCUCCGCUGGUCCGGUCUUCUAGUGACCAUUGGGGAAGUUCUGGAGAGAAAUGUGCCCAAUGUCAGCCGCACAGAUUGGCAUCAGGCCUUCACGGGAAUGUCUCGCCGACAGAUUAUCUACUCUGCCGCUAAAGCUCUGGCUGGCAUGUACAAACUACGUUUGCCCUCCAGGACAGUGUGAAUGUCAAAUGCCAUUGUUACAGACCACAGAUGAGUUUUGGCUUCAGGUCUGAAAUAAACCAGUUACAGGGCAAAAUAACUAUAAUCUAACUUUUAAAUUAUUGAUUGAAUUAAAUAUUUUUCCCUUGAUUGCAUUUGAGUUGGAUUGGUAUUAAAAAUUGACCACAAUCUCCCAAUCUGAUAUAAAUAGGUGAAAAUGAAAUCAUGUGUUGUGCGUCAUGAUCUAUUUUCAUACAUAGUGACAUCUUUUAGAAUAUUCAAACCAAGAAAAAGAUGACUUUUUGUUUGCUAAGGUAUAACACUUUCGUUUAAGUUUACAAUCAAAUACAUGGAGGAUUUUAAGGAUAGCUGAAAUUCUUAACAUUGUGAAUAUAUUGUUUUGAUGUUACGGUUUGGAGUUUAUUUUGUAGCAUUUCUCUUUUUUAGAACCAUCGUUACAGUAGUGUGUCUGCACGUUUGUUUCUUUUAUACCGAGGUCCAUGUUAGCUCAUGUUUACUGCUUUCAGAUAAAGAGGAUCACCAGCUUUGCUGCAUAUGUAAACAAACCAAUUGCUUUAAAUGUUGUUACAUAAAGCAACCUGACUUUAUAUGUUCUACGGAUAGGUGUUUCCAAUGAUGUGCAGCAGGAUCAUUCAUUCAGAGUGACACAGGGCACACCUGAGCAUGACCUCUGAGUUGACCGCUGAUGUGUAGCACAUGAACGUAUACUAAAUGAUUGCUGUCAAAGCCAAAGCUGUCAUGGACAGGAGUUAAUGAAAAGUGUAAACUGCCUUUUAACUGUUUAUAUGUUUAUUUUUCUAGAACAACUGUGGAUGAUUUUAUUUCAUGGCAUUUUACAGAUGUGCCUUUGACCAGCAGAUGAGUAAAACAUUUUGUAAAGCA